AUGCAAGUAGAAGAACAGCAAUCUUCCUUACCUUAUAAUGAAGUUGACAAGCUCCAAAAUUAUGGAAUAUAUCUAUAUUAUCCAUAAUAUUUAGUGGUCACUACCACAUAGACUAUGCCAUAGCACCUCCAAAAUAGCACUAGACUAAUUCGCGCUAAUUUCCCCUCUGCCCACAUAUUGUGCCAACUUGAGCUCGAUCAGACUCAGUAAAUGAAUCUUGAAAUUUAAACUUCGGCAACUCUCUUUUAGCUCAGGCAGCUACUUGUGUCCGUUAGCGCUUAAAAUCUCAAUCUUCACAGCAGGAUAAGUGGUAAAUUCUAGAAAUUACGACUCCCUGUGGCAGACUCUUGCUGGCUUGGGAUAAAAUUAACCAGGUAAAAACCAAAUCUCAUAAUUAAAAUAUGAAAAAAAAAAUUAGCCGAAAGGCCAGAAAAUUUUGAACGAUGCCUAUUUUAAUUAUCCAAAGGCUAUGGAAUCAACGUAGCUGAUAUCAAUAAGCUAAAAACUGCAGGGCUCUGCACUGUUCUUGGCGUCAUCAUGACAACUCGAAAAGAUCUUAUUAAUAUAAAAGGUCUAUCUGAUGCCAAAGUCGACAAAAUCCUUGAAGCUUGUACCAAGCUUGAAUCCGCUCAUUUUAUGACAGGAAAUGAGCUUCAGAGUAAGCGUCAAAUGGUUUUCCGCCUCUCAACUGGCAGCUCAGCUUUGGAUAUUCUUUAUAAUAUAAAUUAACAGCUAAAUCCAAUGCAUUUUUUUAAAAAACAAUUUUCUCAUUUUUAAAUUAAUUUAAUAAAUAUAGCAUACUUUACUAGGUGGCGGUAUAGAAUCUAUGUCAAUAACUGAAGCUUUCGGUGAGUUUCGCUCAGGGAAAACACAAAUUGGCUUAACACUCUGUGUUACCGCCCAACUCCCAAAAACUCAAGGUGGAGGAGAAGGCAAAGUUGCUUACAUUGACACUGAAGGCACUUUUCGUCCUGAUAGAAUUGCCCAAAUUGCAACCCGCUUCCAGGCAAAUCCUGAAGAAGUAUUAGAAAAUAUCCUCUAUGCCCGCGCUUAUACAGUUGAGCAUCAGUUUCAGCUCCUUACCUUAAUUGCUGCCAAAAUGACUGAAGAACCUUUUUCCUUGCUGAUAGUAGACUCAAUUAUGGCUCUGUUUAGGGUGGAUUAUUCUGGAAGAGGAGAAUUAAGUGAAAGGCAGCAAGUUUUGGGGAAAAUGCUGAGCAGGAUCAUGAAGAUUGCAGAGCAGUUUAAUGUAGCGGUCUAUUUGACUAACCAAGUUAUGGCUGAUCCUGGAGGAGGAGCAAGCUUUGUGCCAGAUCCAAAAAAGCCUGUAGGUGGGCAUGUGCUUGCACAUGCCAGUACCACGAGAUUGUACUUGAGGAAAGGAAGAGGUGAACAAAGAGUUUGUAAAAUUUUUGAUUCGCCAUGUCUGCCAGAAGCUGAAGCAACCUUUCAAAUUGGACUUGGAGGAGUUGAAGAAGCAAGUGAAUAA